AAUAAUAAACUUUAUUUAUACCCUGCCACCAUCUCCCCAAUGGGGACUCAGAGUGGUUACAUGGGCCCAAGCCCAAACAAGAAUUACAAUAUAGCAAUACAAAUUGCAAUAAAAUAAACAACAUAACAUUAAAAUAAAACAUCAAAGCAUAUAAAACAAUAUACACAGAACAAAGGAACUAAACAUAAUAACAGAAUGACAGAGGGUGGGCCGCAUGUACAUAAAAUGAUUUUAAAACUCCGGGUGAGAUAAGGGGACAGAACUAAUUGUAAGGGAGAACUCUUAGAGAUAGGAAAAUAAGUAAACCUUCAUACAUGGGGGAGGAGGGACUCCUGGGACAAGCACAUUGGGGAAGCACUAGCAUAAAAUUAUGUGGCUACUGUCCGAAAGCGCAACAGAAGAGCCAGGUCUUGAGACUCUUUUUAAAAGUUUCCAAGGUAGGAGCUUUCCUGAUCUCUCCGGGAAAUAGACAAUACACAGACAGAACAGAAAGAGGUGCCAUGGAAGGAUGGGCUCGAGUCCAAGGGGUUCUGUUGCUCCAUCCUCCAUGACGAAGAACCGUCAGGACUUCCUCCUUCCUUUUGGUCGUCCAGCAUUUUCUGAUCUUCUUUCUUUAUGGCGUUGUAAAACACCUCCCCUGCUUUUAGCGGAGAAUAUUGACUUAAUCAUAUUUUACACCAAGUUGGAAUAAUGUCUUGAAAAACAGACAAUGUCUGUUGUGUGUAGUCUGCCAGCUGGGUGGUUACUGGACCACCUCUCCUUCAUAAACAAGUCUGGCUACCAAUUGAGUCAUUCCCAAGACUCCUCUGGCUGGGUCUCUUCGAAUGAUGCAGUCAGUGCUGCUUCCACAGAUGUGGAUGUUACUGGGACCACAAACCUGGAUAUUGCAAGUUCUAGUAGAAAAUAUCCUAUUUCUGAGAUAAAGGCUUUGGGCAAAGAAGCAUCUCAAAAAACAUAUGUGUUCCGGGAAGAAUUAUUUAAUGUGCUGAAGCCCCAUAUAUCUGUAAACCUUCAAACAGAAUUGCAGCAAGGGAUUUCUGAGGCCAAUCUAGAAAAUGAUGGAUCAGUACCACAUGAAAAAGCCAAGAAUGAGGAAUCCCAAGUCUUUACAGUUAAAGCUAAAAAGAAACGGAAAAGAAGCAGUGAAUUGAACCAUGGUGAGCGUGAUGCUUUGGAAUACCAUUUAAAGAUCAGUGGUGUGAUUUUGGAUGGUACAAAGAGUUUGGUUCAGGAGGCUCUCAGAAGUGGCUUCCUGUGGUCUGCUUCCAGACAACAGUUUCAUGCCAAGACGCUUGUUGCAGGACACCACGACUGUAGUUUAGCUGAAUUAUGUGAGAUGGCAAAGCAGUUUCAUCCAGUGAAUGAAGAUGAGCAAAGAACUCAAUGCAGAAUCAAUGACGGAGGCUGUCUUCCACAAGUUCAGCUUUCCUAUGUUACAGAAAAUACCACAAACUAUGCAAAGAUUAUAACGCUAAUGGGCGAGAAGUAUCUGUUUCCUCCCAAAAGUGCAUUUCUUUUGUCUGAUGUUUCCGUUAUGCAGCCUCUUUUGGACUAUAAAAAAAAGUUUGGCAUCAUUGUGAUUGAUCCGCCAUGGGAGAAUAAAUCUGUUAAAAGAAGUAAUAGGUACAGUUAUUUGUCUCAUUGGCAAAUAAAGCAAAUUCCUGUGCCAGCCCUGGCAGCUCCAGAUUGUCUUGUGGUGACUUGGGUGACUAACAGACAGAAACACCUGCGUUUUGUGAAAAAUGAACUUUAUCCCUACUGGUCUGUGCAUGGAGUGGUAGAAUGGUUCUGGGUGAAAAUUACAAGGUCUGGAGAGUUUGUAUUUCCAUUAGAUUCUUUUCACAAGAAGCCUUAUGAGGUUCUUAUACUGGGUCGAGUCCAGGGAAGUACAGAUAGGCCAUUAAGGAUUUCAGAAGAUAUAGUGCUUCCAGCAAUUCCAGAUCAAAAAUUAAUUGUCAGUGUGCCUUGCACCCUUCACUCACAUAAGCCUCCUCUUGCAGAUGUUUUGAAAGAAUAUGCGAAGCCAGAGGUCAACUGUUUGGAACUGUUUGCUCGGAAUUUGCAGCCAGGGUGGACCAGUUGGGGCAAUGAAGUUCUCAAAUUUCAGCAUAUAGAUUACUUCACUGCUUUGCAGGAUAAGACUGACUAAUUGUGCAUAAAUUAAUCUUUGGAUUGUGGGGGGGGGGCAUGUUUAUCUUCCAUGACUUUAUCUUUUUAAUUACUGCUUCAUUUGGAAAAUAUUAUGAAAGAACCAGAAAUUAGCAUGAUACUUUUGAACAUUUGUGUUACCUUCAGAUAUUUUCUGCAUCUUGAUCCUUAUAUCUCUUCUCCUUGACAUUUGACGUCCUUGCGUGGAAACCAGCUAUUUCAAGUCAUCACGUGGAAACCACUGCAUAAAUCCUCAGAAAUGGAUCAUGUCCUCUGAAAUACAUUGCUUAUCUGUGAAUUAGAGCAUAUCAUGUAUGGAUUUUUCCAUAGAGUGGUCAUAAAAUAAUUUGUAGAGGAAUGUGAAUGUAAAUUAGAUGUGGAUUUAUAUGAUGAAUAAUAAUGUUUUAAAUGUAUUUUAUUUUAAUGUUUUGUCUUUUGUACAGCGUUGUUUAUAAUAUGUUUUUGUAUGCUAUCGACAUCAAAUUGCUGCCAUUGUAAGCUACCCUGAGUCCCCCUUUGGGGGUUGAGAAGGACAGCGUAGAAAUGUUGGAAAUAAAUAAAUGUUGGAAAUAUU